AUGUCUUCCGUCAACCUCAAUAGAAAGCGCCGUCGCGUUGAAAGUGCAGCUUCGGCGCUUUCCAAACCUUUCAAGUCUCCCCUUCGCCGACCACCUCAAGUCUCGGAGCCCAAACACAAGGCAUUAUCCAAAGAAGAAAAAAAUGUUCCUCCGAGCCCGUCUCUCAAGCACAAUAACACUGACAGCAAUGACGCGCACACUCCAGCUGUGAGCUCAUCUUCCCCGUUGUCUGCUCGUCCUUCAACUCACACAGCACCUACUCCUCCCUCGAGCUUGGCGUCUCGCAAAAGAAAUGCUCAGAUAAACCAUCUAGCUUCAUCUAAGAAACCGAUAUUCUCUGACCCGGUCAUUCUUGAUCUUCAGAAGCAAGAAAGGGCACUGCAGUCACGACUUGCUAUCCUGCGAUCUGAGCUUGAUACUGCGCAACAAGCUCUUCAGCUCGAGUCCUCGACCAAAGAUGCAGACCUCCAGUCGCUGAUUACGAAGUGGAGGUCAGUCAGUCAGAAUGCAGCCGAAGAAGUUUUCUCUGGGGCCCAGGAACGUGUGGCGCGGAUGGGGGGUAUGAAGGCCUGGAGGGAGCGAAUAAAGAAUAACAAUGCGCAGUGGGAGCAAGAGGAGAUGGAAACCUGGUACGGCAGCGCAGAGGCGGAAGGGGUUGAUGUAGAUGAAGAGGAGCUGGAGGCUCGGAAGGCUGAGAUGCUAAAGGGCCGCAAGGAGGGUCACGAUGCGGAGCGGGAAAGAAAAGAGAUUGAAGAUGAGGAAUUCACCAUGGACUUUAUGUUGAAGACGUUGAAUAUUGACCUUAAGGUCAUCGGAUAUGACAAAGCCCAUCAGAGAUGGAUUAAGGAAUAG